AUGACCACGUCGACGUUCGUAUACUAUGGUGCCCCCUCGAGCGGCGAACGUCCCUACCAGAUGGUCAACAAGGACUCGGUGACGGGUAAGCGGAUCUGCAACUGGACGGAGGACGAGCAUCAGAUGGAGAUAAAGAACAUCCGGGAGACGUUCGAGACGGAGCGGGUGUUUGGGAAGCAGGCGACGUAUACACUCAAUACAUCCGGCUUCCAAUUCCACCGGCAGCCGACGACGCACCAGGACUUUACGAGCGAUACGGCGGUCAAGCAGGGGUACUACCCCGAGUGCGUAGAGAUGUUCAAGAAGUUAACAGGGGCGAGCGAGGUGGUUAUCUUUGAUCACACUAUUCGCCGGCGUAACCCGGGCGCACCGGACGAUUCACCGGACAAGCGUCAGCCAGUAUCGCUCGUGCAUGUCGACCAGACGCUCAAGUCGUCGCUUGCGCGUGUUAACCUGCACUGCAGCCCGGCGGAUGUGCCUAAACGCCUGACCCAGCGUUUCCAGGUUGUCAACCUUUGGCGGCCAAUUGAGAGGGAGGCGUGGGACUGGCCCUUGGCGCUAUGCGAUUACAGGAGCGUAGACCCAGAGAAGGACUUGAUCCCCGUCGCGCUUGUGUAUCCGGAUAGGGAGGGCGAGACGUACGGGGUCACGUAUAACCCGAACCACAGGUGGCACUAUUUGAGAGGGAUGACUCCGGAUGAGUUGGUGCUUAUCAAGUGCUUUGAUUCUCUGCAGGAUGGCAGCGUAGCUAGAUUGACGCCGCACACGGCGUUUUGCGAUCCUACGACGCCCGAGGGAUCACCUUAUAGAUCCUCGAUUGAGGUUCGAGCCAUCCUUUUCUAUGACUGA